AGGCGGAGAGGGAGUGCUGUUCGCCUUUCCUCGGGUGCCUGACGUGGUGGCUGGGGCCCUUCAUUCUCGGACUUUCCCUCGGCCUUUCCAGGCCUCGCCCGGAGGCGGGAGUGGAGACGGCGCCCGGGGCUGGCAGCUCCGGUGCGGAGGGGCUGCGCCGGCCGCGGCUGUGAAGGCGCUGCGGCGGCUGUGGAGAGCUCGGCGCGGCUCUAGGGCUCCGGCGGCGGGGACGCGACGGGAUGGCUGCGGCCGGCGGCGGCGGGGCGGCGGCCGGGCGAGCCUACUCGUUCAAGGUGGUGCUGCUGGGGGAAGGCUGCGUGGGAAAGACGUCGCUGGUGCUGCGCUACUGCGAAAACAAGUUCAACGACAAGCACAUCACCACUCUGCAGGCAUCAUUCUUAACAAAGAAGUUAAAUAUUGGUGGGAAAAGAGUAAAUCUUGCUAUAUGGGAUACAGCAGGUCAAGAGAGAUUCCAUGCAUUGGGUCCAAUUUACUACAGAGAUUCAAAUGGAGCUAUUUUAGUUUAUGAUAUAACAGAUGAAGAUUCGUUUCAGAAGGUUAAAAACUGGGUCAAAGAAUUACGGAAAAUGUUGGGAAAUGAAAUCUGUUUAUGUAUAGUUGGUAAUAAAAUAGACUUGGAGAAGGAGAGACAUGUUUCCAUUCAAGAAGCAGAAUCGUAUGCAGAAUCUGUGGGAGCGAAACAUUAUCAUACUUCAGCCAAACAGAACAAAGGAAUUGAGGAACUUUUUCUUGACCUUUGUAAAAGGAUGAUAGAAACGGCACAAGUGGAUGAAAGGGCAAAAGGCAAUGGCUCCAGUCAACCAGGAGCUGCAAGGCGAGGUGUACAAAUUAUUGAUGAUGAACCUCAAGCCCAGAGCGGUGGCGGAGGGUGCUGUUCUUCUGGAUAACUGUUCACCCCUAAGGAAUAAAAUAACAAACUGUGGAUCCUUGCCCUCAACACAAAGACUGCCAUAUUCCAAGUCACAUUAUUUUACCAAUGGAAUUAGAGAGUUAACAGUAUUUUAAAUUACGUUUAUAACACUGCAGAGACCUUAAGUGCUAAACUUAGUGGGGUUCGUGACCAGAGAAUUGGCAUUUUCUACACAUGUUAACAAAGCAGUUACCAAUGGCCUUUUUACAUAUUUUUUUUCUUUAACAAGGAGUAAUAUGCAUGUAGAAAAGACCUACUUAAAGGCUUCAUUUAUAUUCUUUUAAAUCAAAUCUUUAUUUAAUAACUUAUAUAUGUUGUUGGAAUGGUAUACAUUUUUGCAGUCCUUUGUAUUUUGUGGUAGUUUGAAUUGUAUCACUUCUAAACAGCAAACUGUUUUUCUUUUUUUUAAAAUUAGCAGAUACCUGAAGUACUAUUUUUGCAGGGUUUGCACAGGCCCCUAACUGUCUACUACACUUUGAUAUAAUCUAUAUUCAUCCUGUAUGCUGAGCUGAUAAAAUACAUUGUAAAUUACAUAUUAAAUAUUUUAUCUGCUUUUACAAGCGCAAGGUGCAAAAAUAUAUACAGUAGUCUCAUUGAUGACUGUAAAGUGAAUUAACAUUUGGUGAUAAUGUCUAAGCUUUUUGACUCUGAUCAUAGCUCCCCUUCACUUUUGUCUUAACUUGAAAGUGGCGUGUUUAAAUUUUCUCAUAUACUUUACUUGAAUUAUUGCUGUUGUCACAUUUUUUGCCUCUGUAAAUCCAUCUAAUGAUUGAGCGACAGCAUUUGCCUUUUGGUUUGGGUGGGGUUUUUUUUGUUCUUUUGUGGGGGGUUUUUUUGUUUGUUUUUUGUUUUCUGGGUUUUUUGUUUGGAUAAAAGAGAUGACUUCUGCUCAUUUUGCUUUAGAAUGGUUACCUUAGAAGUAUUUGAGUGGAGCAUGCUGAGUUUCACUGCUGCAAGGCUUUAGUUUUCUCUUAGGCUUUAUGUGAGAUGGACUCAUUGGUAGGAGAAGAGAGGAAGAAGUCCCAGAUAGUAGCCACUCACCAAGACUCAUUCAUACAGCAUGUUAGUGGUAGCUUCUCCUCCACAGGCAGCACUUUUAGAUCCUUUGUGAGCAAGCUGUUUCUGGUCACUGCUUGCCAGAGAUGAACACAGAAAGCUUUGUUUCAUUUUAUAAGAGCUAUCCUUCUGAGUUUCUUUGAAGGGAAACAUUUCAUGUAAUGAAGUUAUAGCGAACACUGGAAAGAUUUAUUAUAAAAUUAUAUUCUUGUAUACUUUGUAAAUUAGUAUCUCAUUAAGUUUUUUUUUUUUUUUUCUUUCUUUAAGCAUAGGACUGAUAGAAUAGAAUCAGGCACUGCUCAUAGAAGGAACACAAAUUGUGGAAAUUAACAAAUUGUUCUUGUGCUAAUAUAUAUAUUUUUCCAUUUCUGUCAUGCUUGGAAAACUAGUAAAUGUUAUGUCUAAGAUAAAAUGGAAUGGUCCCUGGAUUUACUUCUUAUAAGAUGCAGUAGUAUAUAAUAAAGUUGUUAGCAUGAGCAAUUAAAAGAAUAUAAUGAGGUUAUAGUUACUAAAGAAGUAACUUUCCCAGAUGGGUUAAAGUUGAAUAAAUUGACACCUUGAUGUUAUGAUAUUAGAAUUUUAACUUAGUAUUAAGUAUUCUAUAAGGCCUCAUUUUACCUUCCUUAAUUAUUGUCCUUGUCAAACUCAACACACUGCUUCUCCACUGUGUGUGUUUAGGGAGGGCGGAGUGGAAAGAGUCUUCAGGAAGAUAAGCUAAAAUUGUCUGUGUAGUCUCUUGGUUUCCUGUGAAGUUACUGUUUAUGCAGGAGGUGGAGGGAGGCAGGGGAAAUCAUGAGUACAGAUAAAAGAAAAAAUUGUUUUUGCCCUCCUGGUUCUUUCAGUGGUAGUAAAGAAAGCCUUGUCAUUUCUACUGUUGUAGAUGUAGGUGGGAAAGAAGCUCUUCUCCAUUGGAGUGAAGUAUGUUUUUAAAACUAAUUAGACAUGAAAUUGAGCUUUAUUCCAAAAAAUAAAAUCAUAAAGCCUGAUAAUUGGA